AUGACUGACUAUACUCAAUGGUUGAAAGACAACUUCUGCGAAAAUGCGUUUUUCUUGCAAGAUCAAGUGACUCUGGAAACAAUCAAUGGACUCUUGAAGUACCACAAGCUCUAUGAAACGUUCAUAUACUUGAAGUUCAAGACUAACUCAAUUGUCCUCUGCUUGGACUCUGAAGACGCUGAUAAAGACAUUCUGAAACAUUACGGGAACUCUUUGAUCUUCUCGUAUGACUCCCUGAGCUCGAAGAACAACUUCGAUAACUAUCCGAAGAAACUUAAGAUCUGCAAUGUCUCCUUCAUUGAAGAAAAGACUGAAUUCACUUCAAGGGAAAAUGUCGCUCCUCUUAUCAAGAAAGCCGAGGAAGAUGACCACUUACAAUUCGAAUUGGAAAAGACUGGAGAGGAGUGGACACUCUUGUUUGCAUGGAAGAAUGUUGAUAUCAAGAACUUCAUGUAUAGAGUCGCUUCAAUCUGUUUCAAUGCCAAGAUGAAAAUCAACGCCGCCAAAUUCACUGUCAAGGACUUUGUAACAACCAAGACAAUCUUUGUAGGAAAGCUGAGAAUGUUUGGAGAAAACUUCGAGACCGAAGCCAAGAGAGUUGAGUUCAUCGAAGAGUUCAGUUGUUUGAAAGACUGUUUAGAAGCCGAUCCAAUUACACAAUUAGUCGAUGAUCAUGUCUUCUCGAACGCGAGUGCAUUCUUGUUGAGAGCUUAUUGUACUAUGGCGGAGCAAUUCCUUUCAGAUAAGGAUGCUUCAUUAUAUUCACUCGAUAACAUAUAUGAUGCCAUGACCUUCCAUGUAGAUAUCACCAAAUUGAUUCUUGAGUCCUUCUUAAUGAAAUUUGACCCAAAGAAGGGUGAUGAGUACAAAGGAAAGCUUGAAGAGGUGAAGAAGGCCAUCGAACAUAUUGAUACUGGUCGAAAGAGACACGACGAUAGAAGAAAGAACAUCUUCAGAUUUGUUAUUGUUCUUAUUGAAUGCACUUUGAAGACAAACUAUUACAUCAAAAACACACUUUCUCUUGGUUUCAGAAUGAACCCAGAGUUCAUGGACAAAGUCCCGGGCUUCGACAGAAAGUCUAAGUACCCCGAGUUGCCUUAUGCCAUCUUCUUCAACUAUGGUACCAGCCACUUUGGGUUCCAUGUCAGAUUUAGAGAUCUUGCUCGUGGUGGUUUGAGAACUGUUAUCACUCGAGAUGCCGAACAAGCGAAGUAUGAGAAGAUUAAUAUGUUUGGUGAGUGUUACAACCUCUCUUACACACAACAAAAGAAGAACAAAGACAUUCCAGAGGGUGGAGCCAAGCAGAUUAUUUACUUGCCACCUAAUAAGGUCCAAGAAGAAGGAAAGAUAGUUGCUGAAGCUCUUAAAUUUGAAGGGAAGAGUGAUGUGGAAGUUGAAGCUCAACGAGUCAAAUAUUGCAAAGACAUGUCUCUUGAGUAUAUGUAUGAAAGACAAAGAAGUUUUGUCAUCACGCUCUUGUCACUCAUAGUGACUAAGGAUGGCAAGUUAAAUCCAAAUAUUAAGGACUACUAUGGUAUUCCGGAAUUCAUAUACCUUGGUCCUGAUGAGAAUAUGCACGACUGUAUGAUCGAGUGGAUUGCCAAAGAAUCCACACAAGAAGGAUAUCAUGUCAAAGGUGCUUUCAUAUCUGGUAAGGAAGAAACUGGUAUCAAUCACAAGGAAUAUGGUGUGACAUCUCUGGGCGUAUUCCAAUAUCUAAAACAAGGACUUGAACACAUUGGUCUUGGUGAGAAGCCAUACACUAUUAAAAUGUCUGGUGGAGCUGAUGGUGAUGUUGGAGGAAAUCUGAUUCGAUUAUUAAACAAACAUCACUCGGACAGAGCCAAGUUGCUUGCUAUAACAGACAAGUCUGGAACCAUCUAUGACCCAGAAGGACUCGACUUGAAAACUCUUGACUCGUUCUUCUAUUCUGUCAAGCCAAUUGGUGAUUAUCCACCAGAGAAAUUGCAUGACGGUGGAUUCUUGUUGAUGAUUGGAACAAGCAGAGAAGUCACUGCUUAUCAUAAGGAAACUUUGUUAUAUAAGAAGGUCAAUGGUAAAGUCGAAGAGACUUGGAUAGCAGCUUCGGAAGCCGUCCACUUGUUUGCUACUAAUGUCCACCAAGUCGAAGCCGACGUGUUCUGUCCAUGUGGUGGAAGACCAAGAGCACUUAAUGAAGAUAACGUUGACACUUACUUCAAGAAUGGGAAGCCAACAUCGAAAUUGAUAGUUGAAGGUGCCAACUUGUAUCUUACUCCAGGGUCUCGUACUGUUCUUGAGAAGGCGGGUGUGAUGAUAUUCAAAGACUCCUCUGCUAAUAAGUGUGGUGUUAUUUCAUCAUCUUAUGAAAUUUUGGCGGGUCUUUCACUUGAUGAUCAACAAUUUGUUGCCAUCAAAAAGGAUUAUGCAAAAGAUUUGUUGGUUAGACUCGAGAAAGUCGCCAAUGAAGAAGCCGUCUGUAUGUUGAAAUUCAAUAAGAAGACUGACAUGCCAUUAACCCAAGUCAGUGAUUUAGUCUCUUUGAAGAUCAACGAGUAUACUGAUGCCUUCGCCACUUAUUUCUUAAAGCUCGAUCUCUUUGCUCCAGAAAACCAAAAGCUUCUUCAGAUCUUUAAGGAUUAUGUCCCAAAAGUUCUUGCUGAAAGACAUAUGGAACAAGUCAUGAAGAGAGUGCCACAAAUGCAUAUGAAGGCUAUUAUUGCAACUUCACUCGCUUGCAAGUUAGUUUAUGGAAGAGGUCUUGACUGGAACGUUACUGUCGUUGAUGUUCUUCCAAUCUUUUUGAACGAGUUGUAA